ACGUGGCAGUCAAAGAUGGCUGCGCCCCGGCGAAUUGAGCGAAGGUGUCCGUGAACCCCGUCAGGCGUGGCCGAGGACGACCUGGAGAGGUAGCGGCUGCUGAGAGAAGCAGAGGCUCAACAUGGAAAAUCAUAAACCUAGUGAUACCAACGAGAAAAACUUAACAAUUUUUGAUAUCAUAACAAGAAAAAUUAACCAGCUUCCCGAAGCAGACAGGAAUCUCCUUGAACAUGGAUCAACAUGUGUUGGCCUUAAUGCUGCUCUCUGUGGCCUAGUAGCAAACAGUCUUUUUCGACGCACCUUGAACGUGACACAAGCUCGUAUAGCUGCUGGCUUACCAAUGGCUGUGAUCCCAUUUUUGACAUCAAAUGUAGCUUACAAAAGUUUUGUAAGUUUUCCUUUGAGUACAGGUGAUUUGAAUUGUGAAACCUGUACCAUAACACGGGGUGGAUUAGUUGGUCUUGUUUUUGGUGGUCUGUAUCCUGUUUUCUUGGCUAUACCUGUGAAUGGUGGCCUAGCAGCCAGGUAUGAAUCAACUCUGCUACCAGAGAAAGGAAACAUCUUAAAUUACUGGAUUAGGAUUUCUGUGCCUGUCUUUAGAAAGAUGUUAUUUCCCGUUUUGCUCCAGACUGCGUUUGCAGCAUACCUUGGGUCUAGACAAUAUAAACUACUUAUUAAGGCCCUUCAAUUACCCGAACCUGGCCUAGAAAUUCACUGAUUUUAAAUAGUAUGUACACAAAAAUAAAAUGGCAAAAA